AUGUCAAGCAAUUUCCAUUUUGAAGACGACGAUCCAACUAUUACCGAUGAAGCUCAAACACAAUGGGGGGGACAGGACCGAAUCUUGUUCCUCAUUGACUGCGCACAAGACAUGCAGACACCCCAAGAGAACGGCAAGGUCCCGGUCAAGGUCGCAUUUGACUGUGUCGCGUCUGUCAUGCUGAACAAGGUGUUCAGCAGUGACAAGGACGAAGUUGGUGUUAUCUUGUAUGGCACGGCAAGUCAAAAUAGCCCUGCUAAUCAUGAACAUGUAUAUAUCCUAAACGACAUGGACGCGCCUUCCCCUUCAAGAAUCAGAAAUGCUGAAGACCUCGGUUCAGAUGGCCAAAAAGAUCUAUCGGAAUACGGCAUUACCACAGAAGAAUAUCCUCUAGGAAAUGUCUUCUGGACCUGCAUGGACCUUCUGUCUGAAAACGCCAAAAAGCAAACACAUGGUACACGACGCAUCUUUUUAAUCACGGAUCAAGAUAACCCUCAUGCUGAUAAUCCCAGCUUGAGAAAUGCGGCACUUCAACGAGCAAAGGAUCUUAGCGAAGUCGGUAUCACAAUUGAACUCUUUGGAUUAAACAGAAAGGGUCAUCUUUUCGACGAAAGCCUCUUCUAUAAUGAAAUACUUGCUGCACCACAUCGACAAACUGACGAUGAUGACAAUGAUCCAGCGGGAAGAGAAGCAAGAGCAUCAAAGGGUGCGUCCAAUAAUCUAGAUGAGCUUCUUGAACGAGUGCGCCGUAAGCGACCCAAAAAGCGAACAGUUUUCAAGAUUCCGUUGCGUUUAUCGGAUGGACUCGAGAUUGGCGUGAAAGGCUACAACACCAUCAUUGAACAAAAGCGCGGUGCACACAGAAAUGUUUUCCCCGGUGGUGAACAGAUCAAAGAAGUCGAGUCCAUAACAACCUACAAAUGCGCUGAUACUGAUCAAACACUUUUGCCUGCGGAAAUCAAAUCAUACUGGUCAGUCGCUGGAGGUCAAUCGGUAUUCGACCAAGAUGAACGCCAAAAGCUACGCUCGAUUAGUGAUCCAAGUAUCAAACUCCUCGGAUUUACAAGCCGAAAGGUCCUAAGACCGUAUCGUUCGAUGGCCCAUCCUUGGUUUAUCUAUCCGGAUGAAUCCUCAUAUGAAGGCUCGACUCGUGCAUUUUCUGCGUUGUUGGAUGCCAUGCUAGAGCAAAAACGAGUUGGGCUAUGUGUCUUGACGCCCAGAUCCAAUUCAUCCACUUUUGUCGUGGCAAUGGUACCUCAACGAGAAACCAAGAGUGAAGACGGGAUGCAAAAGCGACCACCGGGCUUUUUCCUUAUCCGAAUGCCUUACGCCGAUGAUAUUCGUGAUAUGCCGCCGGUAGCUACAGAACGAGCCAACAACGAAGAAGUGGAAGCUGCUGAACAAGUGCUGCACAGCUUAUUAUUAGAUAAACCGUAUGACCCGGCAGAUUACGAGAAUCCAGCCUUGCAGCUGCACUAUGCGGUUCUCCAAUCAUUGGCGCUGGAACAGCCUGUUGUUGAGAAGAUUAACGAUGCAACCUUACCCAGGGGAGAAGCGAUGGAUAAGCAACUCAAAAACUGCGUGCCUCAUUUGAAAUCGCUUUUAAACGCCGAUGAGCCAGAGCCCAGCAUUUCCCGAAAACGGAAGGAGUCUGGUGAUGGUGAAGGAUCUGGUCAGAAGCGCGUUCGACGAUCUGGCACCAAGUCGAUUGAAGAAAACUACAAGGACGAAACACUGGACCAUGUAAGCCUCUAUGACAAGAACGCUAUUCAUGGUGCUAAUUGCACUGUGCCAAUGCUGAAGGAGUGGCUGAAGGAACAAGGAACCUAUCCGAAGCAACGCAAAGCGGAUCUGAUCGCUCAGAUCUGCGACAUUCUCGAUAAGCGACGGCCCUAG